UUCAUUUCAUUGCGUCACACAAACAAAGACACCAUUUUAAAGUCGUAUAUUGGGGUUAAUAAAGUGUUUAGACAUCAGAAGUAUUUUAUCUUGCUAAAGUUUUUAUAAUAUACUUAUAUAUUAAAUUUACAGCCAGUUAAAAAUGUCAGCUGAUGAUGCUAAUGGAACAGUUUACAACAGGACAACAGAACCCACUGGAACACGAAAACCGUGUGAAUGUCUAUGCUUUCAGUUAGAUCGAGUAGGCCGUGAGCGCUUUAUCGCGAAAUGCGCUACAGUUCUGCUUUCAUUUGUGGCCUUCAUCCUUGAAGAGAUUGUACCCGAAUGUAUUAUUUGUGGAGGCUUAUACUUCUUCGAAUUUGUCAGUUGCAGUGCUUUCCUUUUAAGUUUAAUCUUGCUGGUUUUGCUGUGUACAUCACUUUUCAAUAAAGUGAAACUGGGAAAUUGGAAACUAGUGGAUUUUUUGAGUGUCGCAAUUGUUGGACUGCUCUUCCUGGCUGCUUCAAUUGCCUAUGCUGCCACUCAUAGCAACACUGAUUUGGAAAAAACAUCAAUUGCCUUUGGAUUCUUUGCAACAAUUGCAUUUGGAUUUGAUGCUGGUCUUUCACUUAAGUAUACAAAGCCAUUUGAAAAGAAAGCUGGAGCCAAGUCACCCAUUUCCGAGUCUACCAUCAAAAAUUCACCUGGAGGAGAAACUGAGCCACUGAGUAGUCAACCAGCUGAUGCAUAAUUUAUACUGUUUUAAAUGUUUGCAGUUUAUGUAACAGAUCAGUGCAUAAUCAUGCAAAAUUGUUACGUUACACCCCAUACUGUGGUCUUUUUACUACGCAAUACUGUGGUAUUUUACCUGUUGCCAUGCCUACAUCCUUUGGAAUUAUGAUCAAGAGAUUUUGUGUUAACCUGCAUCUCUCGGACGUCAAGUAUGCUGACUUGUAAAAUUCAAUUUUUAGGUAAUGUUUAUUGCCUGCUGAGAUAGUUCAACAUCAUUUUUUUAUUCUGAAAAUAUAAUAUACUUGGGUUAUUUUAGGCACAAGAAGGGAAAUUGGAUAGGCUUAAAAUGCUGCAAGACAGCUAGCCUCGUACCUACCUAUGAACCUAUUUAAUGUGGUUAUAGAUAGGCCUUACCCAUCCCAUGGUUGAAAAUUAUAUAUUACCCCU